UGUGUCCAUUACUGUUUGCUGGUUCGGGAUCGGCAAGCGUGGGUGCCAUGAUGCGCAUGCGCGACCAAGAUGGCGACGUGAAAGAAGGAGCUGCAGACCCUCGCUGUUUCGCGGUAAUUUCUCCUCCGAGCCAGGAGCAAGAUGGAGGACGGACUUCUCUCAUUAAAGUGGAACAACCACAAGUCCACUUUUUUUCACAUCUUGAGUGAAGUUCGAGGAAAACAUACGUACACUGAUGCAACAUUAGCAUGUGAAGGAAAAUUUUUCCCAGUGCACAAACUUGUGAUGUCAACAUGUAGUGAUUACUUUGCAGAAAUAUUUGAAAAAACUCCUUGUAAAAAUCCAGUAGUUGUGCUCAAAGACAUAAAAAAGUCAGAUUUAGAGGCCUUGUUAGACUAUAUGUACAUAGGUGAAGUAGAUGUGAGGCAAAGUGAGCUAGCGGGACUCAUUAAAGCUGCCGAGUGUUUAAGAAUUAAAGGUCUCGCUGUACCAGAUGAGGAUCCAACCAAAGCCCAGAAAAAAGGGCCUAGUAGUGUACCUGAAAGAAGGGAGGACAGUCCCCCCGCGAAACGAAAAAGACGGGAAUCUGGAGGAGACCGUGGAAGGGCCCCUUCACCCAUUAUCCCACGGGGGUCCUCCCAAUCGUCUUCCUCCCACCCCCCUUCCACAUCGUCAGUGCCUAGUCAAGCACCCUCUCAACUGUCAAGUGUACCUGAGUCACAUGUGCCAUCACAGUCUAUGCCCCCACCACCUAGUAUAUCCCAGGAAACGCGACAAAUAGAUAGUGGGCGUGGUAGACAAGAUAGCCACCCACCACAAUCACAACCACACCCAUCUCAAAUAUCUUCUUUAAAGCCGUCUCCGGAGUCUCUUCGAUCGCCCCCUAGUGGUGGACCCGAGUCCUCUCACCCAUCUAUAACAUCGCCCAGAUCGUCUGAUCCAUCCCUCCUUCCAGUUCAAAUGAUUAAGGUUGAAGUAGAUGAUGGAGAUAACUCUGGAGUAAGAGAUUCUCACGGAGAUAGAGAAGAUGGCAGUGAGAUGGAUGGGGACGAAGAGGAAACUAGUAAUGAUUUCUCUGAAUACCAAAGUCAUGGUGGGGAAAUAGAAAAGGAGGAGCAUGAUCAGAUGGACUCCUAUGGUGCUGACCAAAUACCUGGGCCUUCAGGCCUACAAGGGGCUCCUCCAGUGUUAAGCUGGGGAGAAGAGGGGGAAGCUGGUUUCCCCCACAACCUCUUUGGUGGUGAUGAUCCAGCAUCUCAACAAGCGGCAGUGCAAAGGGCAGUAGCAGCGUUGGGGGGUGGGCGACUUGUGUGUCCAAUCUGCCCCCGUGCCUUCCCUUCAGCUGCUGAGUUGAGCCGCCAUGCUGCCACCGCCCAUCGACUGGAUAAGCUGUACUGGUGCCAGCAGUGUCAUUACCGCUCUGAUUCAAAAUCUAAUCUUCUACGACAUCUAAGGACUCACACUGGCGAAAAACGCCAUGGUUGCCCUAUAUGCCCUUAUCGUGCAGGCCAGCGUUCUGAUCUGCGGCGUCACCUUCGCGUUCAUGCUCUCAGACAACCACACAAUGCUCUUCAGUGUCGUCUCUGUGAUUUCACAACUCCCACAACUGUCGCCUUUGCUCUCCACAUUUUAGAAUCUCACUCUGAUAAGAGCCAUGAAGACCCAUACAAUGACUCAUAGAUUAUUUUAUUUAGCAUAAAAUUAUAAUUUACACUUUGAAAUUUCUUGAAAAUACUUAUUAUUCACUACAAAUAUCAGUAAUUUAUAAGAGGAUUUAAGUUUUAUGUUUAUUUUGGAUGUUAACUCAGUGAUUCAAGUAAAGAAUUCUAGAUACACUCUGAUAGUGUGUGAAAAGUGUGAUAGUCAUAGAUUACCUCGAAAGCUAUUGAACUCUGGGAGGAGUUCAAUAUAUGUUGCCAAGAAUUGAUCAACUGUACUAGACAUAUGUGGUGAUGUCAGUACAGCCCUUGGUCUGCCAGAUAUCUAGCCAUAUGCUUACCUCUUGCAUUUCUUAUGAAGUGCCCAGAUCCAGAUUGCUUUGGUUAAUGUUUCCAAUGCAGAUUACUUUAGAAUCAAUUCUGAGUCAUAAUAAGUAGACAACCUAUUAUUACUCAAAAACUGAACAAAUGAGUUGUUAUAGUUUAAGAUUUCUUCUGUUUUAUUAUACAUUAUUAGAAAAAUAUAGCCAUAAUUUUAUCUACUUAUUAGACAAUAAUUGAUGAGGGUUCUGAUAAUCACUUCUAAAGCAUAAUAGAUAUCCCUAGAAAUGAUUGAACAACAAUGAAACCAAAGAAUAUUAUUUUGAAUAAGCAUACAUAUAGGGAAUUUUGGAUCCCACUUUUUGAAUUGCACCAUUAUGACUCAGUAUCUACAAGUCAUUGUCGUUAAGAUUAUUGUAGUCCAUAAGAGUAUUUGGAUCUACAAAUGUUUGCUUGGUUUUGUUCUCAGAAAAUGGUCAGUGUGGUAUGUACUGUAUUUUGUAAACUUUUUUUGGCAACAGGAGAACUUUAUCUGUGGAAUUGUUGGUAACCUGAUUGUGCAUUGGCAGCAAAAGCAAGAGGUAGAAAUAAUGCUCAUUUGUGCGGGGUGUGUUUGGAGAUAAAAAGUUAUACUGCAAUUUUUUGUGUUUGAAGUGGAUGUUAUAUUUUAAAGUAUUCCAAGUUUUUUUUUUUUCCAACAGCCUCUUACAGAGAAACUAUUUUUUAAUUGAAAUAUCUAUGUAGUAUUAAUUGGGUUUGUAUUAUACCUGUAUUUGAAUGUACAGUUCAGUUUACCCCAUAUUUUCACUGUAUAUGGCAUGCUUGCUUGUGAUAUUACGUACGUGUUAUUACCGUUUUGUAGUUACAGAAAGUGAAUUACAGUAUGCAUGUGGCGUCUUGUCAUCAGUAUGUACUUGGAUCAUAAAUAAUUUGGAAAUACUGGUAGUGAUUUUAGCACACUCUAAUUUUUGGUGUUUUCGUACACCUUACUUUCUGGAGUUUUAGUACAUCCUACUUUCUGAAGUUUUGGCAGAUUUUGGCCUUUAGAGUGUGGCAGUUAUUUUUUGUUCCAUUGCUAACAUAUGUAAUUAUCAUGGCCCCUCUGAUUUUAGUUGAUGUCAAACAUCUUAGUGUUGCAGCUGAUGUUUCUUAACUUUGUUUGCCAUUUGGGUACCUGUCUUUAAAUGCUUUCUGUAUUUGUUUUUGUUUGUGCAAACCAUUCUAUAGAUGCAUUUGCCAAUUUGAUCACAUUUUGUUAAUAGCUUUUUAGCAUUUUUCAAUUAAUUCAUUUAAUUAUCCUCAAACUUUGCAAUACAGGGUAUUGCACAAAAGUCUCAUACUAUGGCAUUAAUUUGUUUUCUGGAUAUAGGUUAUCUUUUAUACAUACUUGUAGGUUAUUUUGUUAUUCUGAAGUUUUGCUCUGCUCAAAAUUUUUGUAUCAUCUGCAAAAAUACCUAUGACAUUUAUCUUCCUUUGUGGUAAUACAUAACUGUUUAUAGACUAGCAACAUUUUUGAAGCCAAGGGCACCCAACUAGUAACAUACUUUCAAGCUGGCACUUUACUUCUUACUGGUGCCCUCGUUUUCUUUCAGAUAAAUCGUUCAUCCGUUGUAGUAAUACUGUUUCCCCUUAUUUUCUCUCAUGUGAUCUAAUUGCCUUUAGUGUGAAACUCUGUCAAGGACAUUUUUUGCCCAUUUGGCUUUCUCUAGUGUUUUCACCAUAAUGUUUGUUAACUGAACAGGCUAAUAGGUCGAAAGGUUUUCCUAUCUCCUGUUUUGUAAAGAGACACAAUGUUGGCCAUUUGUUAGACAGCUUUCUCUCUGAAAGUAAAACUUUGGUUUUAGACCAGAUUUGAUAAUUGAGCUCUUUUUGCAUAUUUCUGCAAGAUUCACUGUGAUAUUUGGUCAGAAUACACUAUUUUAGUUCAUAUUUAAUAUAACUGUAAUUUUGUUUCCCUGGUUAUGGCUGCUGUACAGUGUUCUUAGCCAUUGGUUGUUGUAAACUUCAAUCUGAUGUAGAAUGCCUCAUAAAUUUCUCUAUUCAUAUUUAACACAUACAGUAUAUAAUUUUUUCGUCAUAAUUUUAAAAUUUGUAGGAUGUGUGUGCACUGUUGUUCUCUCUUGGUUCUAGUAUGAUGUACCAUAUUUUAUUUAUUUCUUGCUAACUUAAGUCUCAUAUUCUUGUGGGUUAAAUCAUUUUAUCAGUAUGCAUUGAUUUUACAACUUUACAGCAUAUUACGUUGAACAAGUACACUGUGUUUCUCUUUUCAUGCUGUCUCAGAAUGUUCUGCCAAUUUAUAUCAUAUAUAUUACAGAUUUAGUCACUAUCAAACUGGUAGAAGUUUGAAAGUGCUUGCCAUUAUCUACAUGACUUCUUCAUUAACCAUUUCACUCUGAUACAUGACAACGUUUGAAUGGCCAAAAAAGUAGAUCACAGUAAUACACAUGUUUUGUCAAAAGGGCAUCAGAAAUAAUUUCAGGAUCCUGAAAUGGUAGUCUAGACAUCCAGCCUUAAAAAUUGGAGUUAAAAAUAAAAAAUUUGAGCUUAAAAAUUGCAGCUUCGUAGCUGCAGCCGGUGGUGGUGACAGUUGAAAAUCCCGCUCGAUACGGUAGACAUAACUCCAGCAGGUGUAAUUAGUCCAUGUUGAGUACUUGAAAAUUUAUCUGGGAAGUAAAUUUUUUUAUAGUUAAAAUUUUAUUCGAUAUAUUGGAAACAUUUUUAGUUUUGUAUUAAAUUGCUUGAAAUCUCAAAAAAAAAUACAAGUAUUCUUAUUAUUGGUUUCACAGUAUUUAUUUUGAACACUUUUGGUUUGGUAGUGAAUUUUUGUAUAACAUUUUAUAUUCGAAAAGCAUGAUUCAAAUAUGUACAGGGUAUUUUAUUUUAUAUAACAGUAUAAUUAAAUUGUAAAAUAAAAUUAUAAUUUUCAAGCUGAAAUGAAAGUGCUGCAAUGAAGAGUUUAUGUUUAUCUUUGUGUUAAAUCUCCUCAAUAAACGGUAGAGCACAAUAUACAACAGGUUCAGUGUAGUUUAGGUGUUUGGAUUAUGUGUAUGGUCUUCAAUUUCUGUACAAAUUUUUGACAUUUUAUACUCCCUCAUCCACUUCUUUAGAUAGUUUCUACUGGCAUCUGACUGGUCCUUAUUCAUUGCAUCUACUUAGGUAGCCUUGUAAACAAUUAAAUUGACCCACCUUCUGUAAGGGCAACGCGUAUUUUUCUACUAGUAUAAAUGGAACUAGAUAGAAACAGACACCUGGCUUUUGCGUGUGUGAAUAAUUGUGAAGUAGGGCUGCUUGCUCAAUCAGUUAAUUUAUAUAAGUAACAAAAGACCACACACCUGGGCUGGCUACACAGUUUCUCUCUGCUAAGGCACCAUUGAGUAUGACAUGCAACACCAGUCUCAAAUGAUAGAAAUUUACUUUACAAUGACUUUGUUCACUAACACUUAAAAAUUACGUUACAAAAUAUCUUAAGAGAGUGGUUCACUUUAACAGGGACUGGAGGUAUUGCAGUUGACUCUUGAUCCAACGAUGUAACACUUAGUUAACAAAUUACCUUACUCUAUAAUCCAUGAACAAUUCUAACUUUCAACUUAAUUCAAAGUUUAAUGUACAACAAUGAACAGGAUAUGUACUACAGGGAGUGACACAAGACACAUUCAAUAACAGAUAAAGGGACAGAAAACAUGUACAUUCCCAGCCACCACUGGGACAUGAAAUCAUGAUAAAUCCUACAAUAAACAAGCGUGGUACAGUAGUCAAAACACUAGAAAAAAUUGUUAAAACCAAAUGGAUAGAACUCCUGGAGAGUAAUGACAUAAUAACAAACAGGCAGUAUGGUUUUCAAACAGGAAGUUCCUGUGUAACAAAUGUACUUAGUUUUUAUGAUAAAGCCACACAGAUUCUACAUGAAAGAGAUGGUUGGGUUGACUGUGUCUAUCUGGACCUAAAAAAGGCUUUUGAUAAUCCCACAACCGAGGUUGUUUUGGAAACUGAAACAUGCUGGAGGGAUAACAGGUAGAAUGUUGACAUGGAUGACAUAUUUUCUGACAGAAAGAUGAGGGCGGUGAUUAGAGGCAAUGUACAGUACUCACCUAAUUGUGCUUGCGG